ACGAUGAAAUGUCUUAAAAAAAACAAAUUUAAUUAAGCUUCUGCUUGAGUCGUCAAUAUCAGGCGCAGUCAGUUGACAGUCACAAUGAGCACAAGCCACUUGAAUAUAAAUUAACGGACGACCUCUUCUAAAAUGACAAACACGGAUUUGAAAUAUGCAGUAACAUUCUUUACCUGAUCACACAGGUCGUGUAAUGUACUUACGUUGAUAUGUGCGACAAAUUGACACAGACGGUUAGUUAUACAUAAAAAAAACAUCAUCUCCAUGAAUAAUUCGGGCUUGUGGAAACGACCUAUGCAAGGACUGUGGCUUCCAAAGGCGUGAUGCGGAUCAAAACCUGUUUAUAAGUGACAUUUCCUUACUGUAUCUUUGCCAAAUUAAUAGUCUUUCGCAAAAAAACGAGCGAGUAGCCAAGACAGAUGGUUUUGCAAGAAACCACCUUGGAUAGUGGAUAGGUUGAGAUGAGUGAAGACAUGCGCGUACAGAUAACGUUCAUAAGCGGUGGAUUCAAGUUCUGCACAAAUGAUUCAGGAUGAUUGAGAAACACGCUGAGUAGCGUAGUUGUUGAAGCGGACGUAUUCAUUUUUAUUGUCUAUUUAAAAACAUGCUAAAGAAGAGCAUGUCCUACUUUAAAUAGGAUUCGUCUACUUAGUAGACAUUCUUAUGUUUCCAUAACAAUUAAUCCCUACAUUAACAAUGAGAAGACCAAUAUACUCUAGCAAAGCUCUAUCUGUACUCCAUAACGAAGUGAUGUAUUCUCUUCGAUAGCGAGUUCGUGCGUCGCUUUCCGUUAAACAGACGAUGGUAAGUCUGCUUGAAGCAGUGCGACUCGAUUUCCUUUCACGUUGGGAGCGCCCUUCUCUCUCUCAAGCUUCCCUUACUGCUGGUCACUUCGAUAUUCUUCGCUGCCUAGGGAAGGGAAGCUAUGGUAGAGUUUAUUUCGCCAGACAUAAGAGUUCCGGUACUGAAGUUGCCCUGAAGGUUCAGAACAAACGAAACGUCAUCAAAAAAGACAGUGUAGCAAACGUCCUUUCGGAAAAACACAUUCAGGCAUGUAUGAUCCGAUUCGAUUUCGUAGUGCACCUACUAUAUCAUUUUAAGGACUCAUCCAAUCUCUACCUGGCGCUGGAAUUCCUUCAUGGAGGUGACUUUUUUCAUCUUUUGAAGACGCGCGAUCGACUUGAUGAGGAUGAAUCACGAUUCUACGCCUCCAACGUAAUUCUCGCAAUCGAGUUUCUACACAGCGUAGACAUUUUAUACCGAGAUUUGAAACCUGAAAAUAUUUUAAUCGAUUCUACGGGCUAUCUGAAAGUGUCGGACUUCGGAUUUGCAAAAAAAUGUUCCGGCAAGACCUACAGUUUGUGUGGUACACCAGAGUAUCUGGCUCCAGAGAUUGUCUCUAUGCGCCCGUACGGUAAAUCAGUAGAUGUGUGGGCGUACGGAAUUCUUAUAUUUGAGAUGCUUUGCGGCAAAACGCCAUUUGCAGCUAACGAAUAUCGAGACAUCUGUAACAAAAUCUGUAAGGAAAAAGUUGACUUCGGCGAAGUAAAAGUGACUGACCUCUGCAAAGAUUUAGUUGUCAAGCUGCUUGCAAAAAAACCUAGCAAGCGGCUAGGCGUGUCAGGUCGCGGAACGCCAGGAAUUCGUGAACACGGCUGGUUCCUCGCGGUGGCCUGGGAGGCUCUCCUGCAGCGGAAAGUAUCACCUCCACGGAGUUUUCCCGUCGUCGAGGAAAUCCAGAAGGAGCAGACGUUCAAUUUACCUGGCGCCGGUGACGACGGCGAGGAUUUAUACGCAGCGGAAUUCGCCGAUUUUUAGUUCGCUUAGUACCAGCUUUACCCAUUCGCUGAUUAUAUCGCUGAUGAACUACCAUUGUGUAUAUUGUUAUAAUGAAAAAAAACCAAAUGUGUUACACAUGUAGGUGUGGUAAUAUUUUUCAAAAUAACAUGAUUUAUUAUUAAUAAAGCCAUUAAACAUUAAACACAUUUAUUUAUUCGAUCGAAGAACCUAGGUCAGUAAUUAUUAAGAGCAGCAGUCAGCAGGAUGAAUAGAAAACUGCUAUUCGAUAUUUAAUAGUAAAGAUAACUCUAAAA